GCGUCGGCUGCCUUGGCGGCGGGAGCCAUCGCGUCCGACUGAUGAUUUUCUUUCUUUGGGUGGGUUCUUCUCUUCCUCUCUCGUUCAAAAGCAGCGAGCGAUCAAGACAAAGGGUUCCGUUCUGAGGAUUUUCCCGACAAUGGUUCUUCUCAAAGGUCGGCGGCGACGGAAAGAUUUUUGCGUGGGCAAUGGCAGCGGUGGAGCGGUGCUGACGGUGCGACGUGCUGGCUUGGCUGGUGGCAGAGGCAGAGGCAGAGGCAGAGGCAGAGGGCUGGUGAUGAUGGCAGAAGCAAAAUUACGGAGGAUGACGGGGAGGGCGGCGCAGGUUUUUGGGCGGUGCUCUGGACGGACGGGCGAUGGGCUAAUACCUAAGGCUGGUGGUGAUCCGGCGUGGUGGUCAGGGGGUCUGGGGGCCUUGCGUGGAGCAGCAGCAGAGCAGCAGCAGCGGCGGCGGCGAGGCGACUCUCUGGAACUCUGGACUAGAUUAGCAAGGCCGGCGGUGAUAGUGUCAUGUCACGAAUGGUGCAUCGCGACCGCGGACACAGAAGGCGAAGGGGAGAAAAGAAAGGCGGCGGGAGGCGGAGGCAUUUUCAUUUUCUGGGGUUCUGUCUCGUAAGGUUCGGGCGCUUUUGGUCUCAUCCAUCGUUAUUGAUUUUUUUUUUUUUU